UCAGAGGCUGAGCUCCUCUCCUUGUUCUUCGUGCGGUAGGGCUUACUCCUCCUCUCCUCUCCUCUCGCACGCGCGCUAACCUAACAUUCCAACCAAGACCCCUCUCUCUCUCGCCAUCGUUCUCUCGCUUUGUACUCUAAAGACUAACCCUCCAUGAGAGCUUUAUUUCAAUUAUAUAAAUGGAGACUCAGCUUCUCUUGUUUCCCUAAUUCGAGACACAGAAAGAGACAUAUAUGGUUGUCGUGGCUCUGCUUCUGGUUUUGGUUUAAUCUAGGUCAAGCUAAGCUCUAUGGAUUCUUCUUCUCGUUCGCUCCCGUUCUAUGAUUUCCUCGAUCGAAUGCGUCAUCCUGCUGCGGUUGAUCUCGUUCGCUCUAUCAAAAGCUUUAUUGUAUCCUUUUCAUUUCAUGCUGUCAACUCUGAAAAUGAUGGCAAAAGGCUACAAGAUUUCCUUUCAACAAUGGAGACUUCUAUCAGGGAUCAUCCAUUAUGGUCUGGUGCCUCCGAGGAAGAAAUUGACUGUGCCAUUGAGGGGUUGGAGAAGUAUGUUAUGACAAAAUUGUAUGCCCGUACAUUUGCUUCAUCUCAAGAGGAUGCUAAGAUUGAUCAAGAGAUAUUGGAGAAAAUACAUUUGCUGCAAAAGUUUGUUAGACCUGAACAUUUGGACAUACCUGAAGCUCUUCAUGAUGAAGCAUCAUGGCUGCUUGCAGAGAAAGAACUGCAGAAAUUGAAUGCCUUCAAAGUUCCUCGUGAGAAACUUCUCUGCAUUUUUAGUUGUUGCAGGGUCAUCAACAAUUUGCUUCUCAAUGUCUCUAUGUCAGAAAAUCAUGAACCAUCGGGAGCUGAUGACUUCCUUCCAGUUCUUAUUUAUGUCACCAUCAAGGCCAAUCCCCCACAGUUGCAUUCCAACCUCAAAUUCAUCCAACUGUUCAGGCGGCAAUCAAAACUGAUCUCAGAAGUUGCUUAUUACUUUACAAACCUUAUGUCUGCCAAAUCGUUUAUCGUUGACUUGGAUGGCAAGUCUCUCUCCAUUGAUGAAGCAGAGUUUCAAGAGAAAAUGCUCGCAGCAAGGUUGGAAUUUCAAAUGAACAUGCUUCCAGAAAGGUUGGGUAAAGGUCAGACACAAAUAGACCUGUGCUCCACACGGGUCAUGGCUAGGCCCACAGUACAUAGUUAUUUCUCAAGAAAGCUUAGUGAGGAGAUCAACACUCUAGAUGAAGGAGAUUAUCCGUUCAUGGAAACCGUGCCUGGAGAUUUAACUGUUAGUGAUGUUGAGAGAUUGCUCAACUUGUACAAGGAGGUUGUCAAAAAGUAUACCCGUCUCUGCGGGUCAGUGAGAAGCCUCUCCGUAUUAAAUGUACCAUCUGUGCUGCCACUUCUACGAGACGUCAAGCAUCAGCCGCCUGAUCAACCUGAGCGACCACAGCAACAGCAUCAACAGAGACCAGACUCCACAGAUGCUUGACCCAAGUAACUGGUUUGUGAGUUUUCUUUAUUUUUGUUAUGGUAUCUAGUUUUUGUGUUUUUUUGUUGUUAUUUCAUCCCUUUGAGUGAAGGAUAAUUUGACGAGCAUACUAUAAUGAUUAAGAAAACAUAACCUUUGAGUUACUAGGAAGUCUUAGCAGUAACCAUGCAGAGUGUUGCAUGGUCAGGUGGAAUUCGAUGGGACAUGUGGUCCAUCGGACCUGGCGCCUUUGAGCUUCAUACACAAAUGCAGUUGUAAAGUAGAAAAUCACCAAACAGAAUCAAGAACUGAUAGAAACCAAA